CGUACUAAUAUUUAUAACCAAAACAAUAGGGUGGCGCACAUCACAUGACCACCUCUCCCUUUCUCUCUCUCUUCCAUUCCGAGAAUUAAUUCACACACCAAUCACACCUUAAAUCCCCCCUCUUUUUUCUCGGCGUGCACUUAACUCACUCACUCACUAACAGAUUCAAACUUUUUUAUAACAAACUUUUUGCACACGAAUUCAUUGUUUGUAACGGCCUUCUCUUUCAUUCUGACCUAAAUUUAUUUACUUCCCGAUAUACCGCAAGUUUUGAGUUUAUGUUAUUGUUUGAUCAUUGAAUGAUGAAAGGAACAAUUUGAUUUAUUAUUAUUAUUAUUAUUCCGAGAUCCGAAAGCUAUAGAUAUAGAAAAUGUUGACUUGUAUAGCUUGUUCGAAACAGCUGAAUACUGGAUCUCUUCCUCCUGAACACGAAGAAAAUGACACCCCUGUUGUUACGCCUCCAAACAAGCCUGCUAUUAAGGCUCUUACAUCUCAGAUCAAGGAUAUGGCAGUUAAGGCAUCUGGAGCGUAUAAGAACUGCAAACCAUGUUCUGGAUCGUCAAGUCGUAAGGAUGGUGAGUAUGUAGAUUCUGAAAGAGGUUCGGGUUCUGAGAGGUUUCAUAUAGGGUAUCAAAGAACUUGUAGUUCAACACCUAGGGUUUGGGGUAAAGAAAUGGAAGCUCGGUUGAAAGGGCUUUCGAGUGGUGGAAGUACUCCUGCUUCGUAUAGUGAUAGAAUUGAAUCGGUUAAGUUUAUAGAGGAAGACGAGUUUAAAGAAUGGGUUGCUCAGGUUGAACCAGGCGUUUUAAUUACGUUUCAAUCUUUGCCCCAAGGAGGCAAUGAUCUUAAACGUAUCCGGUUCAGUCGUGAGAUGUUCAACAAAAGGCAAGCUCAAAGGUGGUGGGCCGAGAACUGUGACAAGGUUAUGGAGUUAUAUAAUGUUCAGCGUUUUAAUCAUCAAGGUGUACCACAACCUGCUCCACAAAGAGCCGAAGACGAGAACUCAAAAGUUGAAUCUUUUGAGAACAGUCCAGUGACACCACCACUUAGUAAAGAGCCCCCACCUAGGAAUUUCUAUCCAAAACAAUCUCGUAAUGAUUCUGGUGGGCCUGCAUCAACACCUGCAUUGUCGAGCAUAAGUGGAGCCAAAACUGAAACAUCAUCACUGGCUUCUGCUAGGACUAGCUCAUCUAGAGAGGAUGAUCACUCGGGAGAGCUUUCAGUGAGCAAUGCAAGUGAUUUGGAAACCGAAUGGGUCGAGCAGGAUGAGCCAGGUGUAUACAUUACCAUCAGAGCACUUCCAGGCGGCAAUCGUGAACUGAGGCGUGUUAGAUUCAGUCGAGAGAAAUUUGGUGAAAUGAAUGCAAGGAUGUGGUGGGAACAGAACAGAGCUAGAAUUCAAGAACAGUAUUUGUGAUAGUCAGUCUUCGGAGAUGAAUCAUGCAUCUUUUUUUAGGUGGUGUGUUGAACCCAAAUAUCGAAUUUUUGUGGUGACUUUGUUCUUCACGAAAGAUGUGACAUCUUGGAUGAAGACAACGUGUCACCAUUCAUCUGAAAGUUAUAUAGCAAUUGUGUGUUGGUAUUGAAGCUUCAGUUGUAUCCUUUUUGAUGAUGCAUAAUUUGAAUAAUUUGUACUAGGUUUUAUGGGGUAAAUGAGGAAUUUAUAUUCACAAUUCAACUUUUAAAAAGGGAGGAUAUUGAAUUUACUUUAGAUGUUA